AGAAAAUAAAACAGAACUCAAAAUUAUGGAUAGUCAAAGAUGGAGUACUCUAGGUUUCAUAUCUCUAGCUUUGUUUCUCUUCAUCACUUCCUCUUCCGCUGAGCUCAUCAUCAAACAGGUCAUAGAAGGCAGAGGAAUAGAGUCCAAUAGUUCUAACAGUCUCACCUCAAAUCUUGGAGUGACAAGAGAGUUGAGGGAUGCGCGACCAUCGAGUAAGAUAGUGACAAUAACAAGCUUCUCUGUGAUUAAGGAUAGAAAUGAACCUUAUGAAUCCUCUGUUUUUGAGGCUGCUGGUUACAAAUGGAGAUUAGUUUUGUACGUGAAUGGUAAUCCAAACGACGGUGGAAAUGGUUAUAUCUCGCUUUACGCGAGGAUGGAAGAGACAGAGUAUCUUCCAGAAGGUUGGGAAGUGAAUGUUGAUCUCAAACUCUUUGUCCACAAUGCUAAGCUACACAAGUAUCUGACUGUUACAGAUGGAACAGUGAAGCGGUACAGCACUGUGAAAAAACAAUGGGGAUUUGGACAGUUGAUUGCUCUUUCGACAUUUCACAACACGAACGAAGGGUACAUUGAGCAGGACAUUGGUUCUUUUGGUGCUGAGAUAUUCGUCGUUAAGCCGGCUCAACAACAAGAGAAAGUUACAUUCAUAUCAAACCCUCCAAACAAUGUUUUCACUUGGAAGAUACUACAUUUCUCUAACUUGGAAGAUAAAUUCUAUUACUCUGAUGAUUUCCUCGUCGAAGACCGAUACUGGAGACUAGGAUUUAACCCGAAAGGAGAUGGAGGAGGAAGACCACAUGCACUUCCACUCUUCCUAUAUGCUCAGGGCCAUAAGGCAAACGCAGUUGCUACAAACACUUGGGGAGCUGUUAAUCUACGGUUAAAGAAUCAACGAAGCUCCAACCACAAACAACUAUAUUCUGCAGCUUGGUACCCGACUCGAAGCGGUUAUGGUGUGGGAGUGAACAAUAUCAUAUUGUUAGCAGACUUAAAGGAUCCAUCAAAAGGAUUUAUGGUGAAUGAUGCUAUUAUCUUUGAAGCUGAGAUGGUUAAGGUCUCUGUGACCAACAUUGUCUCCGCUUAAAGAUCACUGAUAUGAGUUUGUAAUAAGACGAAGUUGUGUUGAUGCUUGUAAUGUAAUCAACAUUUCUGUUCUUGUGAGUUUUCUUUCUUUUGCUGUUUUGGUAUCAAUGAAAUAAAACUCUCUUGGUUUUAAAUUUAUGUGAAAGAUCGAGGUAAGGUAAA